CCAUUCCUCGGCUCAAUCGCUAGAUCCCGUCCUCCAUCCAUCCCUCCUUCUCUCCAUCCAUCCCUCCGUCCGUGCGCCUGUCCUUUCAUCAUGCAGUGGUUGUCUGUCUGCAGCCUGUUGGUGCUGCUGAGUGUGUCAGCCCGGUCUCAGGCUCAGAACCAGAUCUGUACCAUCUUCACGGAGGCCAAGGAAGAUGGAUUCAAAUCUUUGAUCCUUGUAGGGCUGGCUCAGAAUCUUCCCGAUAGUAUGUUGGGUGACUUGGUGCCUCUCAUCGCGGAGGCCUUAGCCAUGGGCGUCAAAUGCUGCUCAGACACUCCUCCAGAGGACUGCGACAGAGAUGUGGCGGACCUGUUCCAGAGCGCGGUGUGUUCCUCUGAGACCCUGGUGGAGAAGAACCAUCUGAAGAUGUGCUGUGAGAAGACUGCCGCUGAGAGGACACACUGCUUCCUGGACCACAAGGCCAAGAUUCCUCGGGACCUGUCCCUCCAAGCUGAGCUGCCCGCUGCAGACCAGUGUGAAGACUUCAAGAAGGACCACAAGGCUUUUGUUGGGAGGUUCAUCUUCAAGUUCUCCAAGAGUAACACGAUGGUACAACCACAUGUGAUCCUGGCUAUCACCAAAGCUUAUGGAGAGGUUCUGACUAGCUGUUGUGGAGAGGCUGAGGCCCAGACUUGCUUCGACACCAAGAAAGCUACUUUCCAACGCGCCGUCGGGCAUCGCGUGACUGAACUCAAGGCCCUGUGCAUCGUCCACAAGAAAUAUGGAGACCGCGUUGUCAAGGCCAAGAAGCUGAUCCAGUACAGUCAGAAGAUGCCUCAGGCCUCUUUCCAGGAGAUGGGAGGCAUGGUAGACAAGAUCGUAGCGACUGUUGCCCCCUGCUGCAGCGGAGACAUGGUCACAUGCAUGAAGGAGAGGAAGACCCUGGUGGAUGAGGUGUGUGCUGAUAAGAGUGUGUUGCCUCGCGCGGCGGGUCUGUCUGCAUGCUGUAAGGAGGAUGCAGUACACAGAGGGUCCUGUGUUGAGGCCAUGAAGCCAGACUCUAAGCCAGACGGUCUGUCUGAGCACUACGACGUUCACGCUGACAUAGCAGCAGUCUGCCAGACCUUUACCAAGACCCCAGAAGAAGCCAUGGGGAAGUUGGUGUAUGAGAUCUCAGUGCGUCACCCUGAGUCGUCUCAGCAGGUGAUUCUGAGGUUCGCCAAGGAGGCUGAGCAGGCCUUGCUCCAGUGCUGUGACAAGGAGGACCAUGCAGAGUGUGUCAAAACCGCUCUGGCAGGAAGUGAUAUUGAUAAGAAGAUCACUGAUGAGACUGACUACUUCAAGAAGAUGUGUGCUGUUGAGACUGGCAUGAACAAUAACGCCUUUGAGAAGAGUAUGAUGGUGCACUACACCAGGAUAAUGCCCCAGGCCUCCUUCGACCAGCUCCACAUGGUGUCAGAGAGGGUGCAUGAUGUCCUCCAUGACUGCUGCAAGGACGAGCCAGGCCACUUCAUCCUUCCUUGUGCAGAGGAGAAGCUGACCGACGCCAUCGACACCACAUGUGAGGACUACGACCCCUCCACCAUUAACCCCCACAUCGCCCACUGCUGCAACCAGUCCUACUCCAUGAGGAGAACCUGUAUCCUGGCCAUCCAGCCUGACACAGAGUUCACGCCCCCAAAGCUGGAUGCCAGCAACUUCCACAUGGGCCCCGAGCUCUGCACCAAGGACAGCAAGGAGCUGCUGCUCUCUGGGAAGAAACUACUGUAUGGUGUGGUCAGACAUAAGACCACCAUCACCGAGGAGCAGCUGAAGUCCAUCUCUACUAAAUAUCACAGUAUGAAGGAGAAGUGCUGUGCUGCUGAGGACCAAGCAGCAUGCUUCACUGAGGAGGUAAACACUCACCGCUCCACACUGUUCAAACCCUUUCAUCCUUAUUGAGGAAAACAUCACUCAAAACACCAUAUUACCUUAAGACUGUUUGUGUGACUGUUUCUGUUCGAGAGGUGAUACAGAACAGUAGAGAGAGAACAUCAUGUUUCAUUAAGAGGUGGUACAGAACAGUAGAGAGAGAACAUCAUGUUUCAUUAAGAGGUGAUACAGAACAGUAGAGAGAGAACAUCAUGUUUCAUUAAGAGGUGGUACAGAACAGUAGAGAGAGAACAUCAUGUUUCAUUAAGAGGUGGUACAGAACAGUAGAGAGAACAUCAUGUUUCAUUAAGAGAGGUGGUACAGAACAGUAGAGAGAACAUCAUGUUUCAUUAAGAGGUGAUACAGAACAGUAGAGAGAACAUCAUGUUUCAUUAAGAGGUGGUACAGAACAGUAGAGAGAGAACAUCAUGUUUCAUUAAGAGGUGAUACAGAACAGUAGAGAGAGAACAUCAUGUUUCAUUAAGAGGUGGUACAGAACAGUAGAGAGAGAACAUCAUGUUUCAUUAAGAGGUGGUACAGAACAGUAGAGAGAGAACAUCAUGUUUCAUUAAGAGGUGAUACAGAACAGUAGAGAGAGAACAUCAUGUUUCAUUAAGAGGUGGUACAGAACAGUAGAGAGAACAUCAUGUUUCAUUAAGAGAGGUGGUACAGAACAGUAGAGAGAGAACAUCAUGUUUCAUUGAGAGGUGGUACAGAACAGUAGAGAGAGAACAUCAUGUUUCAUUAAGAGAGGUGAUACAGAACAGUAGAGAGAGAACAUCAUGUUUCAUUAAGAGAGGUGAUACAGAACAGUAGAGAGAGAACAUCAUGUUUCAUUAAGAGGUGAUACAGAACAGUAGAGAGAACAUCAUGUUUCAUUAAGAGGUGGUACAGAACAGUAGAGAGAGAACAUCAUGUUUCAUUAAGAGAGGUGAUACAGAACAGUAGAGAGAACAUCAUGUUUCAUUAAGAGGUGAUACAGAACAGUAGAGAGAGAACAUCAUGUUUCAUUAAGAGGUGGUACAGAACAGUAGAGAGAGAACAUCAUGUUUCAUUGAGAGGUGGUACAGAACAGUAGAGAGAGAACAUCAUGUUUCAUUAAGAGAGGUGGUACAGAACAGUAGAGAGAGAACAUCAUGUUUCAUUAAGAGAGGUGAUACAGAACAGUAGAGAGAACAUCAUGUUUCAUUAAGAGGUGGUACAGAACAGUAGAGAGAGAACAUCAUGUUUCAUUAAGAGAGGUGAUACAGAACAGUAGAGAGAACAUCAUGUUUCAUUAAGAGGUGAUACAGAACAGUAGAGAGAGAACAUCAUGUUUCAUUAAGAGGUGAUACAGAACAGUAGAGAGAGAACAUCAUGUUUCAUUAAGAGGUGGUACAGAACAGUAGAGAGAGAACAUCAUGUUUCAUUAAGAGGUGAUACAGAACAGUAGAGAGAACAUCAUGUUUCAUUAAGAGGUGAUACAGAACAGUAGAGAGAACAUCAUGUUUCAUUAAGAGGUGAUACAGAACAGUAGAGAGAGAACAUCAUGUUUCAUUAAGAGGUGGUACAGAACAGUAGAGAGAACAUCAUGUUUCAUUAAGAGGUGAUACAGAACAGUAGAGAGAACAUAAUGUUUCAUUAAGAGGUGAUACAGAACAGUAGAGAGAACAUCAUGUUUCAUUAAGAGGUGAUACAGAACAGUAGAGAGAACAUCAUGUUUCAUUAAGAGGUGGUACAGAACAGUAGAGAGAACAUCAUGUUUCAUUAAGAGGUGAUACAGAACAGUAGAGAGAACAUCAUGUUUCAUUAAGAGGUGGUACAGAACAGUAGAGAGAGAACAUCAUGUUUCAUUAAGAGAGGUGGUACAGAACAGUAGAGAGAACAUCAUGUUUCAUUAAGAGGUGGUACAGAACAGUAGAGAGAGAACAUCAUGUUUCAUUAAGAGGUGGUACAGAACAGUAGAGAGAGAACAUCAUGUUUCAUUAAGAGGUGAUACAGAACAGUAGAGAGAGAACAUCAUGUUUCAUUAAGAGGUGGUACAGAACAGUAGAGAGAGAACAUCAUGUUUCAUUAAGAGGUGGUACAGAACAGUAGAGAGAACAUCAUGUUUCAUUAAGAGAGGUGGUACAGAACAGUAGAGAGAGAACAUCAUGUUUCAUUAAGAGGUGGUACAGAACAGUAGAGAGAGAACAUCAUGUUUCAUUAAGAGGUGGUACAGAACAGUAGAGAGAGAACAUCAUGUUUCAUUAAGAGGUGAUACAGAACAGUAGAGAGAGAACAUCAUGUUUCAUUAAGAGGUGAUACAGAACAGUAGAGAGAGAACAUCAUGUUUCAUUAAGAGAGGUGAUACAGAACAGUAGAGAGAGAACAUCAUGUUUCAUUAAGAGGUGAUACAGAACAGUAGAGAGAACAUCAUGUUUCAUUAAGAGAGGUGGUACAGAACAGUAGAGAGAACAUCAUGUUUCAUUAAGAGAGGUGAUACAGAACAGUAGAGAGAACAUCAUGUUUCAUUAAGAGAGGUGAUACAGAACAGUAGAGAGAACAUCAUGUUUCAUUAAGAGGUGAUACAGAACAGUAGAGAGAGAACAUCAUGUUUCAUUAAGAGGUGAUACAGAACAGUAGAGAGAGAACAUCAUGUUUCAUUAAGAGGUGGUACAGAACAGUAGAGAGAGAACAUCAUGUUUCAUUAAGAGGUGGUACAGAACAGUAGAGAGAACAUCAUGUUUCAUUAAGAGGUGAUACAGAACAGUAGAGAGAACAUCAUGUUUCAUUAAGAGAGGUGGUACAGAACAGUAGAGAGAACAUCAUGUUUCAUUAAGAGGUGAUACAGAACAGUAGAGAGAACAUCAUGUUUCAUUAAGAGAGGUGGUACAGAACAGUAGAGAGAACAUCAUGUUUCAUUAAGAGGUGAUACAGAACAGUAGAGAGAGAACAUCAUGUUUCAUUAAGAGGUGAUACAGAACAGUAGAGAGAGAACAUAAUGUUUCAUUAAGAGGUGGUACAGAACAGUAGAGAGAGAACAUCAUGUUUCAUUAAGAGAGGUGAUACAGAACAGUAGAGAGAGAACAUCAUGUUUCAUUAAGAGAGGUGGUACAGAACAGUAGAGAGAGAACAUCAUGUUUCAUUAAGAGGUGGUACAGAACAGUAGAGAGAGAACAUCAUGUUUCAUUAAGAGGUGAUACAGAACAGUAGAGAGAACAUCAUGUUUCAUUAAGAGGUGGUACAGAACAGUAGAGAGAACAUCAUGUUUCAUUAAGAGAGGUGGUACAGAACAGUAGAGAGAGAACAUCAUGUUUCAUUGAGAGGUGGUACAGAACAGUAGAGAGAGAACAUCAUGUUUCAUUAAGAGGUGAUACAGAACAGUAGAGAGAACAUCAUGUUUCAUUAAGAGGUGGUACAGAACAGUAGAGAGAGAACAUCAUGUUUCAUUAAGAGGUGAUACAGAACAGUAGAGAGAACAUCAUGUUUCAUUAAGAGGUGGUACAGAACAGUAGAGAGAGAACAUCAUGUUUCAUUAAGAGGUGAUACAGAACAGUAGAGAGAGAACAUCAUGUUUCAUUAAGAGGUGAUACAGAACAGUAGAGAGAACAUCAUGUUUCAUUAAGAGGUGGUACAGAACAGUAGAGAGAACAUCAUGUUUCAUUAAGAGGUGAUACAGAACAGUAGAGAGAACAUCAUGUUUCAUUAAGAGGUGGUACAGAACAGUAGAGAGAGAACAUCAUGUUUCAUUAAGAGAGGUGAUACAGAACAGUAGAGAGAACAUCAUGUUUCAUUAAGAGGUGGUACAGAACAGUAGAGAGAGAACAUCAUGUUUCAUUAAGAGGUGAUACAGAACAGUAGAGAGAGAACAUCAUGUUUCAUUAAGAGGUGGUACAGAACAGUAGAGAGAGAACAUCAUGUUUCAUUAAGAGAGGUGAUACAGAACAGUAGAGAGAGAACAUCAUGUUUCAUUAAGAGGUGGUACAGAACAGUAGAGAGAGAACAUCAUGUUUCAUUAAGAGAGGUGGUACAGAACAGUAGAGAGAACAUCAUGUUUCAUUAAGAGGUGGUACAGAACAGUAGAGAGAACAUCAUGUUUCAUUAAGAGGUGAUACAGAACAGUAGAGAGAACAUCAUGUUUCAUUAAGAGAGGUGGUACAGAACAGUAGAGAGAACAUCAUGUUUCAUUAAGAGGUGAUACAGAACAGUAGAGAGAACAUCAUGUUUCAUUAAGAGAGGUGGUACAGAACAGUAGAGAGAACAUCAUGUUUCAUUAAGAGGUGAUACAGAACAGUAGAGAGAACAUCAUGUUUCAUUAAGAGAGGUGGUACAGAACAGUAGAGAGAGAACAUCAUGUUUCAUUAAGAGGUGGUACAGAACAGUAGAGAGAGAACAUCAUGUUUCAUUAAGAGGUGGUACAGAACAGUAGAGAGAGAACAUCAUGUUUCAUUGAGAGGUGGUACAGAACAGUAGAGAGAGAACAUCAUGUUUCAUUAAGAGAGGUGAUACAGAACAGUAGAGAGAGAACAUCAUGUUUCAUUAAGAGAGGUGAUACAGAACAGUAGAGAGAGAACAUCAUGUUUCAUUAAGAGGUGAUACAGAACAGUAGAGAGAACAUCAUGUUUCAUUAAGAGGUGGUACAGAACAGUAGAGAGAGAACAUCAUGUUUCAUUAAGAGGUGGUACAGAACAGUAGAGAGAACAUCAUGUUUCAUUAAGAGGUGAUACAGAACAGUAGAGAGAGAACAUCAUGUUUCAUUAAGAGGUGGUACAGAACAGUAGAGAGAGAACAUCAUGUUUCAUUAAGAGGUGGUACAGAACAGUAGAGAGAGAACAUCAUGUUUCAUUAAGAGGUGAUACAGAACAGUAGAGAGAGAACAUCAUGUUUCAUUAAGAGGUGGUACAGAACAGUAGAGAGAGAACAUCAUGUUUCAUUAAGAGGUGGUACAGAACAGUAGAGAGAGAACAUCAUGUUUCAUUAAGAGAGGUGGUACAGAACAGUAGAGAGAGAACAUCAUGUUUCAUUAAGAGAGGUGAUACAGAACAGUAGAGAGAGAACAUCAUGUUUCAUUAAGAGAGGUGAUACAGAACAGUAGAGAGAGAACAUCAUGUUUCAUUAAGAGAGGUGAUACAGAACAGUAGAGAGAACAUCAUGUUUCAUUAAGAGAGGUGGUACAGAACAGUAGAGAGAACAUCAUGUUUCAUUAAGAGAGGUGAUACAGAACAGUAGAGAGAACAUCAUGUUUCAUUAAGAGAGGUGGUACAGAACAGUAGAGAGAACAUCAUGUUUCAUUAAGAGAGGUGAUACAGAACAGUAGAGAGAACAUCAUGUUUCAUUAAGAGAGGUGGUACAGAACAGUAGAGAGAGAACAUCAUGUUUCAUUAAGAGAGGUGAUACAGAACAGUAGAGAGAGAACAUCAUGUUUCAUUAAGAGGUGAUACAGAACAGUAAAGAGAGAACAUUAAUUGAUUUUAAGAACUAAUCACCUUGUUUUCUCCUACAGGCACCCAAGCUGGUUUCUGAGAGUGCAGAGCUGGUCAAGGUUUAAAAUAGAAUUGUGAUGAUUUUAAUUUCAAAUGAUGAACUGAUGAUUUAAAACAUUUAAAAAAAUUAAGGUUCUGUCUGUAUCGAUCCAUCUACCUCCCCAGCCUACAUUUACACCAUGGUGACCUCAUCCUCAUUGACUCAUAAGUCUGUCUAUCAGUGAUCUGUGAUUGACUCAUAAGUCUGUCUAUCAGUGAUCUGUGAUUGACUCAUAAGUCUGUCUCUCAGUGAUCUGUGAUUGACUCAUAAGUCUGUCUCUCAGUGAUCUGUGAUUGACUCAUAAGUCUGUCUAUCAGUGAUCUGUGAUUGACUCAUAAGUCUGUCUCUCAGUGAUCUGUGAUUGACUCAUAAGCCUUACAGCCUAUCCUCAUCAAACCUCUAUCUGGGAUGAAUCACACCGCUGGUUAAUUUCUGAUAGACAUGAAUGACUCCUGUCAAUCAAAUACACAUGAAUAACUGAAUAAAGUCAUGUUUAUCAACUGAA